GUUUAGUAUUUCAUCACAGUAUAGCUAAGCUAUUCACAUCGUUUUAUAGAUAGUCUCAGUAUCGUGACCAAUACUCUUCCGUAAACAACUACAGAACUGUGUCGUUCCAAAGCUAUUAGCUUGUUUUCAAACAAAUGGCAAAUCAAAAUAACAACGACAACAACAACAUUCCAUCAUGGAUCAAUUCGAAACUGUUUGAAAAUGUUUUACGCGAAGCCGUUGGAAACUACAAAUCAAUUGAAAACUUUCAAGUUGCAAAUGCUUUGGGACCAGGAGAAAAUUUUGCCACCCUAAUGUUGAGGGUUCGCACUAAAGUUCUGUUGCCAGAUGAUAGUUACAAAAACAAAAGCUUUAUGAUGAAGGUCGCACUGGAUAAUAAAAUAUAUCGCGAACAAAUGUCCAAAUGGGAAAUGUUUAAAAAGGAGGCUGGUAUGUAUCGCGAUAUUGUGCCGGAGCUAGAAGAGAUGUAUAAGAAGAAGGAUGUGGAGGUACAUUUCGGGGCGAAAUACUUUAAAUUACCGGUAGAUCAGGAGUACAUACUUCUGGAAGAUUUGGCGGAAAAGGGAUUUCGAAAUGUUAAGAGACAAAAUUGUUUAGAUAUGGUGCAUGCAAAAUGUGUUCUACGAAAGCUCGCCCAAUGGCAUGCAGCCUCAGCUGUACGAGUUGUGGAAAAGGGUCCCUACGAUGAGCAGUAUUUACAUGGUUUUCUCACUGAGGAUUCGCGAGAAAUUUGCGAUCAAAUGUUUAGCGGUACUCUCAAACAUGUUUUGGCUGCUGCCAGAAAACUACCCAAUCAUGAAGAGUACUAUGGACAAAUGGAGACUCUGUUCGGACAUUUAACGGAUGCGGUAUUUUCCCAGCUAAUUCCGCAGAGGAAUAGCGAUGAAUUUCUGGCCUUGAAUCAUGGAGAUUUUUGGUGUAACAAUAUUAUGUUUCAAUACGAUGACGGUAAUAGCGAUGGAAAGAACCAACCGUUGGAAACUUAUUUUGUGGAUUUACAAAUGCCACGAUACGGCACCGUUGCCCAGGAUUUACUCUAUUUCAUUUUGUCAUCAACACAAGUUGAUUUGAAAGUUAAUCAUUUUGAUGAAUUGAUUCAUCAUUAUUAUGAAAAUUUAAUUGAAAACCUCAAAUUGUUGGAUUACUCUAAACCGCUGCCAAAUUUGAGAGAUAUACAUGGGUCGUUGAUUAGAUAUGGACUGUGGGGCGUUGUCACAACUUGCUGCAUCAUGUCCGCUGUUCUAUGUGACCCUACCGAGGUGGCAAAUAUAGAAAAUUUUGUUGGCGAUUCAGAAGAAUCGGAAAAGUUUAAGGAGAUGCUUUAUUCAAAUGAAAGAUAUAUGAAGCAUUUGGAGGUGCUGUUGCCGUGGCUUUACCGAAGGGGCGCCUUCGAAUCAUGAUGGUAUAAAUUAUUGUCUUAAUAAAAUGAAUUGAAAAUAUUUGUAGCAAUAAAGACCACACUUAAAAGGUUCAGGUCUGUUAUAUUCACAGUGGAUACCUCUGAGGUAUAUCAGAUAUAGAAUAAAUGGAAA